CAAUUAUUUCAACAAAUGAAUCACACUGCAAGAUACGCCCAGCCGCAGAACAGCUCUUCCAAAUUCCAGUGAAAUUUUCCUUUCGAGACGAAGUUCCAACUCCAAAUUCCGAACAACUACCACCGAUUAUGACCAGCUCCUUGGUGAAGAAUCCUAUGUACGCACUGUGCCUUUUAGCUGCAGUCUGCGUACGACAAUAUGUUCAAAACAGAAACGACCAGCCGUUGACGAAAGGUUUGUCACUUCAACCUCCAACGGCAGUUUUCACGAAACCAAACGAAACUAUCCUGAAGUCGGUGGUCAAGGACAAUAACGACGAAAAUGCGGAUAAAAAGAAGCGGUUGAACGAAGCUGAUUCACUGGUCGAAUGUGUCCAAAGCUUCUAUAAGAGAGCGUGCCAGGCCGUGGAGAAUGUAGGUGCAACCAUUCCGGUAUCGAAGACACAAGAUUUGCACGAUCUGACUAACAGCAGCAACGUCCUCGAUUCUAUUCUCUAUUUAACCAGCAACGUCGGAACUAAAUGGAUUGCUUGAGUUGAUUGGACUGCCGUUUGACAGAGAUGAACGCGGAUUUAGGGGGAGUCCGCAAACAAUCUUUGUCGAUCGGAGACCACGAAUCAGGGCGAUUCUUCGCCAGGUUAUAAAUGCGGUUGCAUUUCGAUGCAAACUGUAGCAAACUGAUAGUUUGCACAGGCGUCUCCCGCUCAGAAUGGCGGCCAUGAGCGGAGAGGCGCCACGAAGCAAGCGUAACGGCUAGCGCGCGCACAAUUAAUGACAAAAAUUAGUAAAUUUGUACGUUGCAACGACAAUUAAUGUAAUAAAUGUAUGUAACACUUGA